UGAAUAAACAUAACCUGUGCACUGCAAUACGGCUUUAGUAUCUAGGUAUCAAUCGAAGUGAAACUUGGAUUUUUUUAUUAAUUUGAAAAUGGCGGAGAGAAUAAAGUUCCCAUUUGAAAUCAAGAAUGUCACUGAGGAGGAGGACAAAAUUGUGAAAAAGUAUUACAAAGAUUACACUCGACCAUUCGUGAGAGUGGGACCUCAGGGGUAUUGUUGGAUGGCAGGCUAUGGAGACAAGGCUGAAGACAUCUUUAACCUUAGGGUGCGAACUGAUGACAUUUGGGUUGUGUCAUUCCCUCGCUCUGGUACAACAUGGUUACAAGAGCUGGUUUGGUUGUUAAAUAACAACUUAGAUUAUGACGGCGCAGCCGCUACACCACUGACUAAACGAUAUGCUUUUAUUGAAUAUCCAACUCAAGCAUCUGAAAUUAAGAAAAGUCCACCUCCGAGCGGCCACGGCGCUACGGUUCACGAUUACCAAGACCUGCAUACUCUACCGUCUCCAAGAUAUGUGAAGACACACCUUAACCUCGACUUUCUACCACCGAAAUUGCUUGAUACUGCUAAAGUGUUCUACAUCGCUCGGGACCCUCGUGACGUGGCCGUCUCCUUCCACUUCAUGCACAAACUGUUUAGAUACUUCGACGAGGGUGUUCAGUUCAACGAGUUUUGGGAUCUCUUCAAAAGGGACUUGUUAAUGCAUAUGCCAAUAUUCCCGCAUAUAGAAGAAGCGUGGAAACAUCGAGGCCAUCCCAACAUGAUGUUUUUGUUUUACGAAGAAAUGCAGAAGGAUUUGCGUAAAGUCAUCGACAGAGUUGCAGACUUUCUUGGAAAAUCGUACUCAGAUGAGGAAAAGAAUAAAUUAGCUGACCAUUUGACCUUUGAUAAUAUGAAGAAACACACCCCCGUAUUUAAGACUGCAAAUGACAACAAGGAUUCAGAAAUGAAGUUUAUGAGAAAAGGUAAAUCCGGUAACUGGAUGAACUAUUUUGAUACGGAUGAGUUGCGAAGAGAAGUUGAGGUAUACAUGGAAGAACAUCUCAAGAACACAGAUCUUCGUUUUCCAAAAGUUGAUUAAAUAGACUUUCUUCAUACUCGAUAGUAUACUAAACUGAAAAAAGAACGUUUUUAAUUUGAGAACCUAUCAUGCUGAUGUCACACACAAGUAAUCGUCAAUUAUUUUCUUUCAUAAUUCUUUAAAAGGCUGGAGUUUAGUGGUACUCACCACCCAUGCACUCUCACAUUCCCAGAAGUCUCGUGAAUAUGUUGCCAAGCUUUUAAGAGUUAUACACUACACGGACACUGAUUUUUUAGAGGCGUAGAUAAAGUAAAACAUUGGGGCGAUGCGCGGCAUAGCGUCCUUAAAAUGUUUACAUGAAAUAUGAAAUUAACUUACUUGCAUCAAAAUAUAUAUACAGUUUAAGUGUAUAUAUAAAAUUAAAUAGAUUGACAUUAAAUUAUAACAAAUUCUAGUGUGUUUACGAAUUCCGUUUAAAUCAUAGGCCAUAUUAUGGCGGAUGCCAAUUAAAUUAGCUAGAUUAUACUUUAUUAAUACCUCAAAAUACGUGGGUUGUGGGUUAAUAUAGAACGAUGUUAUAUAGAAAG